GUAGAUUGGUACCAGAGACUGAUCAUCGAACCAUGACUCUUCUCACCACGGUUGGGCGGCCUCCUGCUCCUUCGUCGGAGAUCACCCACCGCGCCCACCCGGAGCACAAACUGACACUCGAGCCGACGGGCCUGGCCGAGUUCAAGUGCAACGGCUGCCAUGAGCUCGGCACGGGGGCCGAAAGGUACACCUGCAGGCAGUGUGACUUCGACCUCCACAAGGACUGCGCCCUCGCGCAACCCACGUUCGAGCACAAGCUGCUGCCCGGGAGCACGUUCGGGCUCUGCUUCGAGGCCCCCCGGACGAAGCACAAGCAGAUGUGCAGCGCUUGCGGCGGCUACGUGCUGGGCUUGCACUACCACAGCAAUUACCUGUACCUCCACCCGUGCUGCGCGAAGCUACCUCUGGAGAUCCAGCUGGGUGACCAGCUCACGUUCGAGCUCCGCACGCAGGUGUCUCACUGCUGCACCAAGUGCAGAAAAGGUGGCGGCGUCAGGGAUUUCUGGUUCUACCGCUCCACCUGCAAGACCGUGUACCUGCAUGUCCGCUGCGUGAUAGAGGAUUUUCUUACGCCGAGCUCAAGUUCAAGCACCGACGGUAAUAGCAGCCUGGCCUGUUACGUCAAGGAGACAACGUUGCAGAAGCACAGGUCAGGGAAGGCCGAGAGGAACUUCGACCCCAUAUUCGAGAUCGUUAAGGCCCUGGCCAGCAUAAUCAUAGCGGUGCUCACAGGAAAUCCGGCGCCGGCAAUUCUUGCAGCUUUCGAUCUGGGCUCCAACGUCAUCAAAUCCUUGAGAACCAGGUAGCUAGCUAGCAGCUUCAUCCUGCUUGCUCAUCCUCAUCGUUCUACGGGUUGCAUGAUGAUAUAUAUUCUACUUCUUCCGUUCCAUAAUGUAGUGUGUCCGUGUUUUUCAAAAUUUAAAUUUAAUUAUAAAUUUAACCAACGAGAACAAUUGCGGAGGGUUUAAAAUUAUAUCAUUGAAUUCAUAUUCAAAAAAAGGUUUUGAAGGGUAUAAUUUUUGCUCCCGUCGCAACCAUCAACGUUGGUUAAUUUAUGAAUAAAAUUAAAUCUCAAAGAACACCGACGUACUACAUUAUAGAAUGAAGGAAGUACGUACUAUCCUACUGUUUUUAUCAUAGUGCUUGUUUGUUUUACUUCAUGAUCGUGUAAUCAUACCGUGAUUACUAUACUCACGUAUA